AUGAAACCGAGCGCUAUACACGUGCUUUUUAUAAGCAUCACCUGCUGGACAAUCCAAAUUUUUUGCUUUCGAGUAAAUGUUCCGCAAGUUAUUACGUCUUUGGGCAAAAUCAAAGGCUACUUAAAAGUGUCCCACGAACAGCGAUAUUAUGAAGCAUUUGAGGGUAUUCCAUACGCAUUGCCACCUACGAACGAAUUACGCUUUCAGCCCCCCUUACCAGUAGAACCAUGGGAGGCCGAACUCGAUGCCACAAGUAAAAAAAGCGAUUGCAUACAGUACGAUCACAAGAACGACGUUCUAACAGGCGUGGAGGACUGCCUCUACUUGAACAUUUACAGGCCAGUUUUGAAAACUACGUCUCUUUUGCCAGUUUUACUUUGGAUUCACGGUGGUGGCUUUCAGUACGGCACCAGCACCGUCGUCACCAAGUACAUCAUGGACAGAGAUUUGAUUUUGGUGUCAAUAAGCUAUCGAUUGGGGCCUUUUGGUUUUUUGAGUACCGGCGACGACCUCAUACCCGGGAACAUGGGUUUGAAGGACCAAAACCUUGCGCUGCGCUGGACGUCGGAGCACAUACAUCGCUUCGGUGGCGACCCCAAACGGAUAUCACUGCUUGGUGUGAGCGCGGGUGCCUCAAGUGUUCAUUACCAUUACCUUUCACCUUCAAGCGCUGGCCUGUUCCGUAAUGGCGUGUCUUUUAGUGGUACUGCACUGUCGUCCUGGGCAUAUUCAAAAAAUCCUCGCGAGGGUCUCGAUAAAUUGACUAGAAUCGUUUGCAAGGAAUCAGGUGAUUCCAUUGUUGAUGUUAUCGAUUGCCUGAAGCGAAUGCCUGCUGAUCAAUUGAAUAAUGCUGCAAAGGAUUUGUUGGUUUCAAAGUUCUUAGAAGGUUUUCAGGGUAAGAAGUUCGGAGGUAGUUUGGAGAUAGUUUCCUACCUUACUGAUAAGAAAGCGGAGUAUUUAUCGAUAGGUGUUAUAACACCAUCGUUUAAGCCAGUAGCUGAAAGAAUCGAAAGCGACUACUUCAUAAAUCGAUCUCCAGAAGAGAUCCUCAACGAUAAAGUCUACGACGUGCCGUGGAUUACCGGUGUGACCAGUGAAGAGGGAAUAUUCUUCACAGCAGGCUUUGUUUUGAACGACACGUCCAUGAGCUUCGUCGAUAAAAACUGGGAUACCGUCGGACCUUAUCUAAUGCAAUUCGAAGAUAAAAUAUCGGCGGAUGAAUUUACGCACGCAGCGAGUGUAUCGAGGCGUCGCUAUCUUGGCGAUCGUGUUAUGAAAAUCGAGAACGAUACCACGUGGCUACUGACGUACUUGGUCGGCGACAAGGUCGUUACGUUCGAUUCCCAGAAGGCCGCGAGGCUACAAGCCAAAGUUAACCGCAGCCCCGUACGGUUCUUUUACUACAAUUACAGAGCCAUUCACAGCCUCAGCGAUGAAUUGACCAACACGACCAUUAAUUUUGGCGUAUGCCACGCCGACGACGUUUACCUCCUUCUUGAGGAUAACAACAUUAUUAUAGAAGUGGACGGGCCUAUGUUGAACAAAAUGAUGGACUUUUGGUACUCGGUGGCUGCCACGGGAGAACCAGAUUUGGGGGUCAAGUGGCUGAGAGUGCAUCCUACGACUCGUGAACUGCAUUACCUCCACUUUAUGGGACCCGAGAGCUUCAUCCCAAGGCAGUCGGAUGAUCUCGGUCAAAAGAAGUUUUGGGAAAGCAUUGGAUUUUAA